GACAAAAAAUGGAACACACCAGCAGUGUGAGGAGACCUGAAAGUGGCACAUGGCAUGGCAGAGUGUGGCGAUGGAGACAGCAGCAAUGGGAGGCCGUACAGGGACCCAUGAGAGACUCUGGACCUGGCAGCAGCAUGAGGAGGCGGUACAGGGGCCCAUGGCAGAUUACGGGCCUGGCAGCAGCAAUGGGAGGCCCGUAAUCUGCCAGCACCCUAUGACAAAAAAUGGAACACAACAGCAGUGUGAGGAGACCUGAAAGUGGCACAUGGCAUGAGACACUGUGGACCUGGCAGCAGCAUGAGGAGGCGGUACAGGGGCCCAUGGCAGAUUACAGGCCUGGCAGCAGCA